AUGACUACAAAGAAACACCAUCUCUUCACUCCAGAACCACAUUAUAUACCUGGAUAUGGAGGAUACUCCCAGACAUUCCCAUUCCGGUUUGGCAAGACUUAUGGAAAGACUACUCACGAUAUCCUGAAGGACCCUAAAAAGUCAAAAGCUGACCAAUCCAUCCUGUCACCAAUGACUGGACCUCCAGAUGAGUGUCUUCCAGAAUAUGAAGAAUACUGUAUGCCUGAUGUGUCAGACCAGAUCCAUCCACAGAAACUUAUUCCAGGUUACACUGGCUACAUCCCUCAAAAGUUAUUCAACUUUGGUGGGAGCUACUACAAGGAGACCCUCGAGUCAGGACUGGAUUUACGGAGACGCCAGAUGGAAUACAUGCAAAAACUUAAAGAGCCUGUGCUCAUAACCUAUGUGGAUGGGAGAAGAAAGUUGGUGGCUGCCAAUGAGAACAGGCCACUGAAACCUGUAGCUGCAAAUGUGGAUCCAAUAACCUGGACUCAUCUAUACAAGGACAAGCACCUUUUUGCCACCCAACCUUCUGAACUCCAGAGGAGGGGUAUCUCAGGUUACACUGGAUUUAUUCCACGUAUUUCCAAUGAAUUUGCACAUCCUUACCAAGAACGGGUGAAAAAUGCCAUGGACAAGUUUCAGCGCAAACAGUACUUUGUAAGGAACAAGCUCAGAGGCUACCGUGAAGAUGAUCCUCAACCUAAUAGUAAAAUUUACCUUAACAAACCGCUGGUUCCGAACUAUGGAGGUCAUGUGCCAGUGACAAUUAUCACUAAGCAACACAGUGGUUUAAUUAUCGAAAUGGAAAAACUAUUGGUAAUUUGGUUAGAGGAUCAAAAUCAGUGUAAUAUUCCUAUUAGCCUUGGCUUAGUGCAAGAAAAGGCUCAAAGCCUUUUCAGUGAUUUAAAGGCUGCACGUGCAGCAAGUGAAGGUGCUUGUGAUGAAGAAUUUGUUGUGAGUAGGGGUUGGUUCAACCGUUUCAAAGGGAUGGUAAAUUUACACAAUAUCAAAGUGCAAGGUGAAGCUGAAGCAGCAAGUGCCGACGUAAGUGCUGCGAGAGAGUUUCCUGAAAUGUUCAAAAAUAUUAUUGAGGAGGGAGGUUAUGUGCCUGAGCAAAUAUUUAAUGUAGACGAGACUGGCUUUUUUGGAAAAAAAAUGCCUGAAAGGACAUACAUUUCAAAAGAGGAAAAAACUGCUCCAGGGCGUAAGGCAUCCAAGGAUAGGCUAACGUUAUUGCUUGGUGGUAAUGUAUCUGGGGAUUUCAAGCUUAAGCCUAUGCUUGUGUAUCACUCCCUAAAUCCAAGGGCACUUAGACGAAUCGUCAAGGCAUUUCUUCCAGUUAUUUGGAAGGCAAACACAAAGGCUUGGUUAACAAAAGCUCUCUGAAGAUGGUUCCUGAACUUUUUUGUUCCUGCUGCUGAAUGUUAUUGCUUGGCUAAGAAGAUUCCUUUCAAAAUUCUCCUUGUGCUUGACAACGCCGCCGGACAUCCAAGCACUUUAGAUGACCUUCACCCCAAUGUAAAGGUCGUCUUUUUACAACCCAACACCACAUCACUACUUCAGCCAAUGGAUCAGGGAAUCAUAGCCUCCUUUAAGGCUUACUAUUUACGCCGGACCUUCUCACAAGCAGUCAGGGCUACCCAAGAUGAUGAAAUGACCUUAAAGGAGUUCUGGAGCAAUUACAACAUCUACGAUGGCAUCAAAAACAUUGCAGAUUCUUGGGAGGAAGUGAAGAAAACCAACAUGAAAGGAGUCUGGAACAAAUUGUGCCCCCAAUUUGCAGAUGGUUUUAAAGAGUUUACAGCUGAGGACAUUGCCGAAGCCAGGCAAGCUGUGGUUGAUAUUGGUAAUAAUCAACUGCAUUUAGACAUUAAUGAAGGUGAUGUCUUAGACUUGCUUGAAUCCCACGCCGAAGAACUGACCAAUGAGGACCUUAUGGAGCUGGAGCAGCAGAUGAUAGCAUUUGAGGAAGAAGGCUGGGACCAAGAAACCCCAGAACCCAAGAAGUUUUCGACUAAGGAGUUAGCUGAAGCCUUUCGUCUCAUUGAAGCAGGGAUGACAAAGUUAGAGGAGCAAGAUCCUAACGCAGAGAGGUUCAACAAAGUUUACCGGAUAGUUACCGACAGCCUCAGCUGCUACAAGGCCACUUAUAAUGGGAAAAAGAAAAGCUCUGUUCAAGCCACCCUUGAUGUUUACUUUAAGAAAUUGACUUCAGAAGUUAACCUUCACUCUACAGCAGCAGUAUCAAUCCCUGACUCUCCAGCACCAGGCCCAUCAUCCAAUUAA